AAAAAUUUUCUAAUUUGCGUCGAAUUGGAAAAGAAUUCUCAGUCUAAGGUUUUACCGAAUCUAAAAAUAUCGAGUAGAUAAUUAUUCGUUCUCUUAACAAAGAGAACGAAGGAAUCAGACAUCGAUUCCUCGAACGUCGCCCAUCCCUAAUGAUUAUUGCGCAUGAAUGUGUUUGUGAAAUGUGACGUGUGUCUAAUUCAGCGUCGUUGUCAGAGGCAUGUGCAGAAUUUAUUCGGUCGAUUUUGACGAUAUUUAAGCGAAGUACAAUUAAACGCAAUGGGGAAGGAUGUUGAGAUUAGUGGUAGACGUUAAAUCGUAGUAGAACGUCCAGCGGACAGAACAUAAUAUCCGAAGAGAUCGCUGCGGAAGUGUUGGAAAGACUAAAGUUGUAGGUUGUAGGUUACGUGCUGUUCACACCAUGGCACAGUCAACAACAAGCGGAACCUCCUCGCGACGAUAUAUGAGGGAACACGAUGUGCCAUCCACGUCGCGGUACGUGGACAGCGAAUGGGAGUCUAAAGAGGCCUUACGACAGAGAGAACUGGAGGAGGCAAGGGCGCGUGCAGCACAGAUGGAGAAGACAAUGCGAUGGUGGUCAGAUUGUACUGCUAAUUGGCGUGAAAAGUGGAGCAAAGUUCGAAAUGAGAGGAACAUGGCCAGAGAAGAGGUGAAAGUUCUUAGAGCAAAGUUAGAAAUUGCAGUGAAGGAUGCUAACACCUUCAAGCACGAUUCUCAGGAGAUGGAGCUACAAAAUGAACAGCUGAAGAAGGAAAUGGAAAAGAUACAUAUGGUACUCCUAAAACAUGCUGGACAAUUUGACCAACAGAUCUUCACUGUCUUAGAAUCAGACCCUCAACUGAGAACGACCUUUGGAUUGGAUGAACAACUGGAGUUUUAUAAUAAUGUCGAGUCCAGUGAUAUGUUAAGUGUUCAAAAGGAUUUGAUAUCCUGCAAAAAUCCCCAUGAAGCUUCGAGCGUUGCUUCAAGCAGUCAUAACAUCUUGCCAGGCAGAGUUAUCGAGGAAUAUGUCUUGCAAGGUGCGGUGCCAAAGCAUGCUGUAGAAUUGUACAAGGAGAGCUCUAGCAAGUCGUUAGAUAAAAGCAUCACUAAACUAGUCGGAGAUAAUAGUACCAUGAAGGAUAUAUUGGAGAAACAGCAGUUGCCAUUGAAUGUGUAUAAUGAAGAAUCGUUAAGCCAGAAAAUGUCAGCAUUACAACUCAAAUUGGAGGAGGCAACGAAAACCAUUUGUAUGGAAAGAGAAGAAAAAAAUUCUUUACAUCAUACUGUGGAGAAAUUGAAAGCCGAGGUUAAACAAUUGCGAGAACAGUGCAAAGAAUUGCACGAAAGUAGAGCCGACGCAGUGAGAGAAUUAUUGGAGUUAAAAGAGCGUUUCCAGGUCGAAUUUGGUGACGCACAGGCUGAUUUUAUGGAUGAUAUGACUAACGGAGAGGGCAUGAAUCGUCGUUUAAGCGAAUUAAGAGCUGAGCUGGAGAAGCUUCAAACUGAAAAUUCAGUAGAGUGGGGUAAACGAGAGAGAUUGGAGACUGAGAAGAUUUCUCUGACACGAGAAAACAAACAGCUACGGCUCAAGAUACACGAUUUGCAAGAAAGAAUAGAAUCGCGACGGCCACGUCCGUCAUCUACGGCUGAUGCUGACACGAGGCAACUGCAACAAGAACUUCUAGUUCGUAAUAUGGUAUUACAUGAAGUGAAGCAGAAUCAGGCGGUACUAAAGCAAUCUUUGGCGGAGAAAACGACGGAAUUGUUGCACGCGAUGAGGCGAUACGAACAAUAUGAGACGGAAGUGAAGCGAGUGAGAUGUAGAGUCGAGGAGUUGAAGAAAGAUCUGGCCGUUGCUCAGGACGAGGUCGAUUCUGCCACGAACAGCAUACGAAAGUUACAACGGGCGAAUGAGGAUCUCUUGGAACAACUGGAAUCGGCAAAUGUGCAACUGGAACACUUUAGAAACAGCAAUAGUGAGUCGUGUACAGCGGAUGCUGGAAUAGAACAAGUAGAGGAAGAAAAGUUCCAAGCUAACAAUUCCGAUGAAUCCGCUGAGGUCCACGGUAAACAAAAAGCCUAGUAUUGUGUGGAUGGCAACGACGUGUUUGAUCCAGAUAAACGAAAAUGCAAAUCAAAUAGGUGAUAUAUUAGCGGGCCUAAGGUACGGAAUUUAAUGGACGAUUUUAUUUUUUAAUGUUUGAUUCUUCAAUAGAUGUAAUGCUUCGGCAUUUAAAUAAUCAAAUUGUACUCGUAGUACGAUCGUCGUGAGUGCCUAUUGUGGUAUUUAACAACUAAUUUAAAACAUCAGUACUUCCAAUAGCAUGUAUGUACAUGUGUAUAGACAAUUGACAGUAUACAUUGACGUAAGAUACAAUUUUAAUUACUUGUCGAUCGAUAAAGCUUCGUCUACAUCUAUUGUAGUGUCAUUCGUAAUCGGCUGUAAUAUUCAUCGUAGCGAUCAUCGGAUGCUGCCAUAAAAUUGACUAUGUUCAACAAAGAAAUCUACUUUGUAACUGUUGUAAAAUUUGGCGAAUCUGAUUGGCGUAUGCUCUUAAGUUUGGUUGAAUCUAAGAGCAUAUACUAAUCAGAUUCACGAAUUUUACGGCAAUUGUAAAGCAGCUUCUUUUGCUGCGCAGGCAAGAACAUUAAUGGGCUUUCUACAAUAAGCCAUUAGUUGUAACACAUAACGUAUAAAGCAUAAGAAAAUUUGCCAAUUGCAGUCUUUCAGAAUAAAAAUGAAGAAUUCUGAUUGGUAGAUUUUCUUAUGUUUUAUAUGUUAUGCGUUAUGUGUUACGUUAUGUGUUGACUAACGGCUUAUUGUAGAAAGCCCAUAAUUCAACAUCAACUUUUACGAUCUACGAUACUGAUUUUGUAACGAUGCGCUUCUUUCCUUACAAUUAUAUUAUUCCUUUCCUUACAACUAUAUUACCGACAUUAUAAUAAAUGUAGGCAUACCUUUGAAUUGACAAGUCAUCACCAUCGACGUAAGAAUACAUAUAGACGUUAAUAUAUAUUCACGUACAAUAUUACACGAUGCAUUAUUUACUAAUAUCACGUUUUAAUCCACUUUAUGAUACAUAUUAAGAGCAUUUAAAAAUAAUCUCCUUUUUUUAUUGACUAAUUUUGGAUCAGUCGCGUUUCGGGAUAUUGCAUAUCUAUCAAUAUUUCGCAAAAGUUAUAUCUUAGGAUAUUGUUGCGAGAUCCGGAUUUAACUUUUCAGAAUUAUAACUUUUCAGAAUAUUAUUCCACUUUUCGUAUUUUGAUAUUUUGUAUAUCUACUUUUUAGAACUUUGACAUUUGUAGAAAAAAGAUAAAUUAUAAUAUUUUCGAGUACUAAUAUGAAAAAGAGUCUUUACAUCGAUUUUAAUAAAACUUAAUACAGAUAUAUUUUCUUCAGUUAUACUUUCUAUAUUUUAUCUUUCUCUUACUUGAUCUCAAAAUUAAAUAUUUUAUCUAAACGUUUUCUUUAAACGUAGAAAGUGUAUAGCUGAAAAAUUAAAUAGAUAUUUUAUGUAUUUUGAUGUUCAAUUCAAAUAUUAAGAUUGGAGCUGCUGUUUUCCAUCGUGAAAGAAGUAAUAAAAUCUUAAAGUAGUCCUAGUAAAAGCACCGUCUAUAUUUUUCUUAUGUCAGUGGUCGUGUAGCAUUUAUUGUUUAUUAUACUCAGUUGUAUACUCUCAAACGUGAAAUUGUGUUCAUUUUCAUCAUUAUACUUUCUGUAGAUAUUCAUUUCAUAUCAUCACUCAUGUAUUUUUUACUUUUAUAAAUUAUAAACACACAUUUCUCUUUCAUUUUUCAUCGACGCGCUUUUUGUAAACAGCUCAUAUUUCGCGUUUAUUGUUUUAUAUGUCUUCUUUUUUUAGACUGGUGUAAAGAUAUUGUAUAUAUGCACGAAAUAUAUAUUAUAUUAUGAAACCAUAUUUCGUCACUCCAAGAAAGACUGGUAAAAUCGAGUAGCGAAACGCAGUAUGUACAAGAUAUGAUACCUGAUAUUUAUAACUGAAUUAUAACUUUUAUGUCAAUAUCGAGAAUCUAUAUAGAGCGUACGUAAAAUAGAACAAUAAUCUAUCUACGCGCGUGUCCGCAAAUAUACUAUGCGGAUACUAUAACGUGAAUAGAGAAUAUCCGAAUAAAUUUUCAUAAAUAUCUA